UCUAGUUCUAGUAGUGUGUGUGUAUACAGUAUGGAGAAGAUGGGGAUGUACAGACUCAUCUUUAUCCUUCUCAAUAUACUCCUCAUUCCAGUUGUUAUCAGUCAGGAUUAUGAUUAUGGAGAUAUUGAUCCGAGUACACUAGUUGGACCCCAGGUUAUGUCUGAGCUGUUUGAUGAAAAUGAUCCAUCUGAAGAUAUCCCUGACCAAGAUAUAGGAGAAGUUAUCACGGAGAAACCUCAAUAUGGGCAAAAGCAAAAUGCGUUUGAUGAGAUGAUUGUGGAUGAAGAGGAGGAAGAGAUGGAGGAUAAACCAAACCAACAACAAACAUAUGUUUCAGGGAACCUGCCCCGACCUAGGUUUGUUAUGCUGGGUCAGCAAGGUGUGGGAAAAUCAUCAAUUGCAAACAGUUUACUUGGUUAUGAUAAUCUGAUGGAAGCUGGUCUAAAGAAACAGCACAGGCAGAAAAUGCCAUUUGCUGUCGGUCAUGGACUCAGGUCAAAGACGAAGAUGACCUCCUUCAGUGUCGGUCAAUUCCUUGGGGACCCCUUUAGCCCUAACAUAACAGUAGUGGACACACCAGGAUUUAAGGAUCAACGUGACACUGAGUUUGUGGAGGAGCUGAUGAAUGUGCUGGGGGACGAGGUGAAGGAGGUCGACAGCUUCGUGAUCGUCUACAAGUACAAGGACAGGUUUACUUCACCCUUUGCCAGGACACUCAGGGUCAUCACUAAGAUGUUUGGAAACUUCUGGACUAAUGUUGUCAUCCUCGUCAACUUCUGGAGUUUCAAACCUCUUCAUGUUCAGGAUCGGUUGGAUAGAAGAGUUAGCCAGAAAAAGUACGGAGAGGAAUUGACUAAAAUAUUUGAAGAAAAGUUUGAUUUAAAUUUUAAGAUUCCGAUUGUUUUCAUUGAUUCUCACUACAAUAAAUCCGUACCAGAGGAGUUAGCAGCUUUCAAGGUGUCGAGCUAUCAGCAAGGAAAACAAAGACUUCAAACAAACUGUGGAGGAUCAAACAAAAAUGAUAGGAAGGACAAAUUUUUUAAAUCAUAG